AUUGAGCGAGCGGUGGAGGAGGCGGCGGCAGCGGCAGCGGCGGCCACCCGCACUCUUUGGCUUGCCCUUCCCCCUCCUCCUCCUCCUCCUCCCUCUCGACGCCUCCACACGCGCCGUUCGUCGCUGCGGGUCGGUUGGGCGCUGCCCAGUGGCCGCCUCCUUCCUCUUCCUCGCCUCCCUGUGGGGGAAGCUGCCAUUUAAUAAUAAUAAUAAUAACGAUAAUAAUAAUAAAGGGAGAAAAGCGGGCGGGCGGCCAUCGCGGCAGUGGUUGCCGCCGCAAGCGCCUCAGGUGGACCCACCCCCUCGGUCCCCUCCCCCGCCUGCCUUCUCCUCAGCCGCCGCCGCCGCCGCCGCCUUCCCGUCCGUCAGAGAGUCUCGUCCGCUGCGGGGCUGCUCUCCCUCUCUGCCUUUUCUCUCUCUCCCUCCGUGUGUCUCUUUCCCCCGCUUCCUCUCGCCCUCGCCUUCUUUCCCUCCCUCCCGCCUCGAGUCCCGGCUUCCUCUCUCUCUCUUCCCCCCUCCCUUUCCUUUCCUUCCUUCUUCCCUCCUUCCCCGCCAACCCCCCAUCCGCCAGGCGCGAGCCGAAGAUGGCAGGCUGGCAGAGCUACGUGGAUAACCUGAUGUGCGAUGGCUGCUGCCAGGAGGCCGCCAUUGUCGGCUACUGUGACGCCAAGUACGUCUGGGCAGCGACGGCCGGGGGCAUCUUUCAGAGCAUUACGGUAAGGGCGGCCGGGGGUAGGUAGGUCGGGUGGGGGGGGGUCCCGGAGAGAAGCAAGUGGCGGGGGGGGGGGAGAGAAAGAGGGAUGGAUGGAAGGCUAACCCAUGAUUUGUAACCCCCCUUUUAAAAACACCAAACCCGGGCGGGCAUAUUUCGGCCCUUGGAGGAGAAGGGAUGGCGGGCGGGCGGGGGGUGUCGGCUAGGCUUGGGCUUUGGGGGAGGAGGCGGAUGAGCCCCACGGAGUUGCACCUAAUCCCACGAGGGGCGGAUUGCAAAGUGCAGCCUUUUUCCUUUUUUCCAUGCAUAGCGCGCGCGCAGGCGAGGGAAGAAAAAGGAGCGCCGCGUGCGGCGGAGGCGACUGUCCUUUUCUCUCCCACGACUAGGGAGUGGGGAAAGGGGGCUUUCUGUGUUUCCUGCAUCUCUCCCUCUUCUUCCUCUGCCACCCAGCUAAAAAUAAUAAUUAUUUAUCUCUUGGCCCCCCACCUUGGUCCAGUGGUGGUGGGUGGGGGAGCCGAGGCUAGGCGAGAAAUCUGGGGGCGGGGAGCGCCCUCGUGCAAAACGUUUUCUGCCUUUUGCUAGCUUGCAUUAUGUGUGUGUGUGCGCGCGCCCCCUUCCCAGCUUUGGGCCACGGCCGUAGCGCCCCCACCCCCCAAAAAAGAAACACACCAGGGGGGUGCGAGAAAAGGGAAUAGCAGGAGAGGCCCAGCUGGGUGAAGGUGUAAAUGGCAGCGAGUUUCCCUCCUUGCGGUGUCUCCUCUCCUUCCCGCCCACCCGCAUCUUACGAUGGCCGUAAAAGCGCCUUUAAUGGGAAGAAAGCAGCAGCCCGCGCCAGUUAGGCCCCGGGCAUUGCCUUUCCCCCUCGGAUCUAAGGCUCCUCUCCCCAAGUAGUGAUUUGAGGCAGUGGGAGAAAAGGGCCCUUUAUCUGGUGGCUGGGCGGGCGAGGGAGGGAGGAGGGGGCAGGCUGGCGUUUUGAGAUCCCCUGCUGCUGGGCUACCUUGCCGCUCGCCCUCCCUAGCCUCUAAGGCAUGCGGGGCCAGGUUGGGACGGGAAUAGCCUCGGGCUUCUCGGGGGACCAUUUUGUAUGCCAGGCUGCGGGGCUCCUUAAUUGCCACGGCAAUUGGGCUGGAGCAAUAGCCGGCAAUACGGCGGCGGGAGGAGGAGGAGGAGGGAAAAGGCCGGGCGCGGGGAAGGGAGGCGAUGAUUCUUGGAGAGGCUUUGCGUAGGAUUCCCUCGUCUCUGGUCCGCACUGCUGGGGAGAGACUUGCGAAUCCAGCGUAGGAGGCUUUUGUGAAUCCAUUCCUCGCCACUGGUUCCAUGUUUUUUCACCUCCAAGAUGGCGCACUGCCGCUGAUUUUUUUUUAACCCCUCCUUUUCUCUUCUCUCCCGAGAUAUUAAUCACCCCGUUUCUGCACUGCAGUCUUUCUAUCUCCUCAGUUUUUUCCAUCUCUCAUCUUUCUCUUGCCAUAAAGUUUUCUGAUCAUUCGAGAUAAGAGUUUAUAAAAAGAAAGGGGGGGGAUUUCCGUGAGAAGGUUGUGUGCUUGCCUGCUUAACUCACCGAUAUGGUAUCUGCAGGCUGAGAGUGUUGAAAUGUAUAUUGAAAUUAUAUAGAUUCUGUUGGCGCUUCCCCCUUUAUUUACCCGUGCAUUAGGUGUGCAAUGUGAUCUUGCAUUACAACAGGGGUGGUGGCUGGCUAGCUUCAUCCCCUUCCACUCCAAAAUGCCAUUUUGGCUGGCUGCCUGUCUAUGCAGGCAAAUGUCAUGAAAAGCGAGCUCCCUUAUUCUAAACAGCACUCCUCGCCCCUCUUGUCAGUGCCCCUUGUUGAGAAUAAUACUGAGGGCUCUGUCAGCAGUAUUAAAGCAUGGCUUAGCCCUGUCCUGUCUGUAGGAGGCAUAGGAAUGGGUUAAAAGAAGUGGUGCCCUUGGUAGCUGCUGAGCCAGUCUCUUUGCUGCUAAGAUGUUUAUAGGUAGAAUCUUGGCUUAUGCUUUGGGAAUGGCUGGGGCCUGCUAUGACUCUGCAGUUCUACUGGAACAAGAUGCCUAUUCCAUCAUACAGUGCCGCGGGAGCAUGUUUUCUUGCUGGACUGCCUUUUUCCAUUUUGCUAUAUGAAUACACACACCUUGCACUAUUCCUGAUAAAAGAGGGCUGAUAUGUAGCCACCAUGCUCUUGUUACUAUGUUACACAUUUUUUGGUAUUUCUAUUGCAAAUUGCUCCGCGAUCAUCGGAUGAAGGGUGGCAUAAAAAUUUAAAUUAAAAAAUUAAUUAAUUUCCCCCCUGCUUGUCUAACAUUGAGCUACCAUACCCAGUUUUUGAGGGUUCUGCAAAGCACGUGCAUUUUCCACCUGAAUGGCCUUAUUAGUAUUGGAGAAGCUGUAAUGUAAACUUUGUAAUCUGUGUGGGAAAGAACAGAAAUGCACGGUGUUAGAAACAAUAACCUUGAGAACACUGCUUUAAAAAUAUGGUUUAAUAGCAUCCCUGAAACUUAUUGACAGCCAUGUAGCUAUAAGUAAUGGAGGCUAUUCUGCAUUUUGUGCCUAUGUUGCAUGUAGAAUAUAGGCCCUUUGUGCUUCUGCUUCUGCCAUAGUGCUUUAGUUAUUUGGCACAUUGCAGGGAGUGGUCCUGUAGACAGCAUGAAGCUCUAAUAUAACUUUUUUUGAUCUUCUCUCCCAUAGAUGUAUAUGCACAAUCUAAAAUCAGGGUCUCAUUAUUAAUUGCAUACUUAAUGAAAAACAUAUUUGAAGACUCUACUUGGGUAUCAUCUUACUUUGUAGCACUCAGAACUACUUCAUUAACUUCAUACAGUGUUAGACUUUAGAAGCUACAGUUGUUUCUGCUAGAGUUAUGUUCUCUUUUUGCUAUUACAUUAGUACAUUCAGUGUGUACAUUGACUCUUCAGAAUCCAGGUAUGAGAGCUUGCUCUAAAACUCUAUGGACUUCUCUUUUUGACAGCCUGUAGAAAUAGAUAUGAUUGUAGGAAAAGACCGCGAGGGUUUCUUCACCAAUGGUCUAACUCUGGGUGCAAAGAAGUGCUCUGUGAUCAGAGAUAGCCUCUAUGUGGAUGGUGACUGUACAAUGGACAUCAGGACAAAGAGCCAAGGUGGCGAGCCAACAUAUAAUGUUGCUGUAGGCAGAGCUGGUCGAGGUAAGCUUGGAACUUUCACUAGUGUUUGAUCUGGUGUUUUGUUUUCUACUGCUUAAAAAACAUGUAGGCUUUAAAUUAUCUCAAUUGAUCUGUCCAACAAGAUCUGGAUUAGGUGACUGGCUGUCAAAAUAGCUUUGUGGAGAAUAAGACCAUAUUCUUAAGACUAUGCACCCAGGAUGUUAAUGUUUUGGCAUUUGAAAUUAAUUGCUUCAGGUAGAAUAAAAAUGCAAGUUCAGGCUUCUAAUUUUGGAGGUUAUUUAUUGUACAGCAAAAGUUUAUGACAAAGAGCACAUGUACCUGGUUGCUUAGCUAAGUAGUUCAUAGAUGAUUUAGGCAGUUUAUAAAUAUGGAAUAUCUGUUGCUUUACAUUCCCAAGACAUCCUCAAUACUUCAGGAUGCCAGUCCAUGCAGACUUCUCAUAUAAACCUUCCACUAAAUAAGAAAUGCAUGUUGGAUGGUGUUCCAAAAGGAACUUCUAACAACCUGAUCCUAUACAACAGGUGUGGGGAACUUGUGGCCUUCCAGUUGCUUUUGGACUCCCAGCUCCCAUCCAUCUUCGUCAGCAUGGCCAGUAGUCAGAGAUGAUGGGCGUUGUAGUUGGCAACAGCUGAGUGCCACAGGUUUCCCACAAAUGCUGCAUACUAGUCUAUUAAAAACCCAGUGCUUAGGAUUUUAUUUUUAAUUUGAUAUAUGGUACUGAUCAUCAUUCAGCUUGUUCAACUUCAUAUGCUCUAAAACUGCAGUCCUGUACCUAUUUAUGUAGGAGUAAGACUCAUUAAAUUCUGUAGAGUUUACUUCUCUGUUGACAUCUAUAGGAUUGUGCUGUUUGAUUUCUUUUUUAAAAAUUACAUAAAACGUUGGCCUAUUGGACUAAUUACAAGUUACUUUGAGGCAAAUCAACUAGUAUAGAAGUAGAAGCAUCAAAAGUGAGAGGACAGUGAGAAUGUAAGAUUGUUUUGCGCACAGAACUAUAACACAUUUUAGUGACACCUACUGGCAUAUAACAGUACUUGCAUUGCUAAAGGUCUUCAGGACUCUGCUGUUUUGGCAUAAACACAAUUGGAUUCUUUUUGUACUGUGGACAACUUUUGACUUAUGAACUACUAGAGCAAGUGAAUAUGAUACAGUUGGUUCAUUCCAGUUAUUCCAAUUCAUAUUACCCCACAUCUGCUUUAUUUACCUUGCAAGAAAAUGUAGCCAAAGCUUCUUGACCCCACAGUAUACCCCAUGUAUCUCAUUUAAAAAGCUUGGUCAUACUAAAUUAACAUCUGCGUCUGCUGAACAUUCUUUUCAAUUAAACAAGGUAAAUGUUCAAAACAAUAUAUUAAUGCUGUGCAGGUAACUAUUCUGAUAUGCCAAUAUUUGAAUAUGCUUAUUGUACUGCUUUAUUAAAACUUGGAAUAUUUCCUUGUCUAACACACUCCUUUGUAAAACUUCUUUUCUUUUCUCUUUCAGUCUUGGUCUUUGUAAUGGGCAAAGAAGGGGUCCAUGGAGGCGGAUUGAAUAAGAAGGCAUACUCAAUGGCAAAAUACUUGAGAGACUCUGGGUUCUAGUUGCUAGGCAGACUGUUAAGUAUUAGGGGAAAUUGCUAUUAAACUUUCCUGGCCUCAAGCUACAUUGUGGAAACUUUAUUAGCAAUGCAGGGUGAUGGGGUAUGAACCUGUGUCUCCUUUGUAUCCCUCUAUUGGUGGGGAAAGGUGUUAUUCUUUCUUUAAUUCUGUUCAUCCUUGUUUCCUUGUGUACUCCAGCAUUGGUUAUGGCCAUGGGAAAGGGAAGGUGUCCAUGGAGGGACACUCAACAAGAAAGCUUAUGAACUGGCUUUAUACCUGAGGAGGCCUGACGUCUAAGCAGCCUCUCCCCAUCCACAUAGCAACUGUUUUCACCACCACCUCUUGUGUUAAAAGUACUACCAGCCUAUAGAUGGCGGUUUUAUUUACACAUUUCCCUAUUGUCAUGGCUCCAGUUACCCUUUUCGUUUGUAUGUUAAUCACUGUUGUACCCAUGUUCUGUAUCUGGCACCAUCUAUUGCAACACAAAAGAUGAUAUGCAUGAUACGUUGAAGCCUUGGGAGGGAAUCAUGCCAAGUCCAGGCGUUACUUGUCUUAGCAAUUAGUGUGACAUUGAGAACUAAACCAAUUUAAAUUAAACUAAAUAAGGUGCCGAUUGUACAAUCCAGAUUGAUCAAUGCCUCCUCAGCACUUUGAGCAUUUACACAGCUCAUUAGUCUUCCUUUUGUAGAGCAUGGUUGGGAGGGAAAAAGUGCAUGCAUAUCUCUACUUUCCUCCCCCUUGUCCUUACCUUUAACCCACUCUUCUUUUUUGUUUGUUUGCUUCCAUCUCUAUCUAUCUAUAUAUAUACAUUUUUAAAUACAGUGCCUGGUUUGUUUAACCAAUUUGCUGCUUGAAAGCUGUCACAAGUGUUGCUUUAGUUUUGUUGUUGCUCUUCUGUGUAGACUUGCAAAACUCUCCAUGGUGUCUGAAGCGCAUCCUGCUUUUAAAAGGGUAACUGCAAAACUAUGAAAAGGUGCCGAUGCUCUUCUCCCCUCCCCUUCACCACCAUCCCCAUCUUGAAUGAAUCCCCAGGGACAUUCCAUCACCGCAAUAGCUCAGGCACGUAAUUUUGUUUAUGUUUUUGCCAGCUCCUGUUCUGUAGUUGAAAUGUAAAAAGGCUGCCAUCAUGGACUUUAGAUAUCCCAGUGUAACCAUCUGGAGUGUGUCCGGUUUCAUUUUUUCAUAGGACCAAUUUGAUUUGCAGCUUGGGUUUUUAUAUGAAACUGCAUUGUCAUUGUCAACAAACUACCACCUCCAGCUAUACACCUAUAGCCUAGUCUGAGAUCAGUCUGUCAGAUCAUCAACUGAGAAAUAAGAUUUGCUGCUCUGAUAUCAGUGUAUGUUUUGAAGGUUGGUAGUUGUAAGAUAAAACGGUCCAAACGGAUACCAUUUCAAAUCUAAUCUUCAUUUGGCCUGUUAUGCCCUUGCUGCAGAAAUUGUGGAGUGAACUGCCUUGUGCACUAGUCAUCCAAAACGUGUAACCAAAUUGUCAGUUUGAGCACAGUACUAACUUGUAUGUCCAUUUAAAAGAGAACUGCAGAACUCUGUAUACAAAAGAGAAAAUGGAAGAUGGUCUUGGUUGGAAUAACUGAGUUGGCUGUCUUGUGAUGAAUUUUUAAUGUAUUCUGUGCCAUACUAAUGUUUUAAAAAAAUGAACUGUUGCUAUUGUGAGAUGGAUUUUAACUGACAAGAAAGAUUUCUUCUGAAUGGCACUACUUUAGGGACACUAGUAUUUGCUUCUAUUGUUCGGGCCUUUGUGGAUAAUGUACAGACUUAAAACAAAUUCUUGUUGCUGAUUUGUCCAUUUAUUUCCCUGCACUUUGUUACAUCUGGGAUACAGUCUAACUCAUCUGAUUUAAUAUGCAUUUCAAAAAAUGCCAUAACUAUUAAACACCUUGUUUACAGACAGAUGAAAUAAAUUUAUUCCAACCAAAUAAAGUAUGAGUUAGUGUGUUAUGUGGUUCUGAUCUGCCCCUUACCCCACCCCUUAUGAAGGUGUGUCAUAUUGCAGUGCCCUUGUGGCGACCUGACUGUUAAGGGUGGGUUUAAUGUUGUAUUACAUUUACCUGGGUCAUGUCUUUUAUUAAUAAAGUGCCGCCCAUUCAUUGUAAUGGAGUCACUCUGGUGUAAAAUUUGAGUAUAGUUCUUUAUGGACCUGAACCUAUAAAGAUUACUUCUUGAACUAUAAAACAGUUGCACUAGCUUUUAGUAAUAAAAUGAGACGUUCCUAUACAAGUUAAGAUGCAUUUGUGGGAGUGGGGCACCCUGAGGCAACACCUCUGGUACUAUACAAAAACUUAUUUUAAACAAGGUUCUUUUUAGAGACUGAGUAUAGCCUAGGAUGGUGUUGCUCCGCUGAAUUCUACUGCUGUUACAAAUGAGAGAACUAUGGUCUUGCACCCCUCAAGCUAUUCCUUCUUAAAGGAUGUACCAUUUUUAAAAAGUAAAAUUAUGUAGAUUUUCCUCUUUCUCUUAUUGCUUCCCCCAAAUUGCUGUAAGGCUGCUAUAGAUAUCUUUCCACUGCAGCAAGCACUUAUUUAGCCUGUGUGUCUCUUCAGUCUUAAGUGGUUAUUAUAUCUGCAUGUGCAGAUCCUUUUCCCUUGUAGCCAGCAGCUCUUAGUUUGGAAGGGAGAGUUAAGAGUUGCACAUGGAAUCACCAUAUUGCAGUCCUAUAGGGAUAUGGCACUUAGAGAUUGUGAAUAAUGUUUCUUUCCAGAGCAGAAGAGUAUCUGAAGGUAACAUACCAUAGGCAAGAGCUAAAUUAUCAUUUGUGGUGUGUUACAACUUUUCUCUACCCCCACCUUCCUACAUAAUUUUCUCCAUGGUGAUUUGUCAGCUUGGACUGAACAUAUGCAUACUGUCUAAGACUGCCAUUACCUAUCCUGAUCACAGCCUUGUGUGGCAUGGAAAAUCUGGAACCACUUCACAAUGCAUGUUACAGCUGGGUUAGGGAAAUUGCCACAGCUUAAAAAUAUUCUUGAAAUGGGCUUAGGAAUCAGCUACGUGAUGUGUGUUUUUUAUCCUUUUUAAAAGGCUGCUGCCCGAUUAAGAACCUUAAUUGACAGUUGUGUAAAAUUUGCAUAUAAAAAUAGUUCUGAAGUGGAAAGCACACUUUGUUUUUAGAUAUACACAUGUGCUGUGGUAAGCAUUAUCAUGAAAGUGGUAUUGCUUCCUGAGGGGGGGGAAAGGGGAUUUCUCAAUACCAGGGAACCGUUUUAGUUAAUUACUCUUAAUUAAAUAUUGCAGUCCUAGUUUAAAAACUUAGCUAAAGCUUUGUUUUUAGAAAGUUCCUGGUGGUAUAUAUGAACUGUUUCAUCACAAAUGCUGUUUUUAUGAGAAGUAAGUUGAAAUACGAGUGGUGAGAGGUGAGUCAGCAUGGGGAACAACUAUAAUACUUCCCCCCCCUUCCUCUCAAGGAUAUGAAUGAGCCCUUGCAAUCCUUGUUUGAAGUCUGCCUGUCUUUUCAAGAAAUGAGUCUGAUUUUGUCUUAACUGAUCAAAAUGAGUUGAUUCUUUUAAGCUGGGUGAAAGGUUGGUCUGGUGAAGAAUAGAAGUUUUAUAGACACUUUCGUUCUUUUAACUUCGCAAUCUUUAUUCUGUUAAUAGCAUUCCCUUUAUUGGUAUUUUUAAUAUUAUUCACUCUUCCUUCAUAAAUAGAAAUAGAUGAUGAC